UCUCUCAUUCACAAGCUUAUUCUCUCACUUCCCCUGCGCCAGCAAACCCCCAAAAAGCCAGCCCACAUCCCUUCUCUUCUUCCUCUCCAUUGCUGCAUUAUUGAUAUUACCACCUCUUCUGUUUCUUUAUUUUCUAAGCCAAAGCAAAGCAAAGCAAUAGUCAGUCCUUCACCAACCCCCUCACUUCACUCCUCCUCCUCCUUCACCACCCUAUCUUCAAAUAUCUCUAUCUUAUUUGAGUUUGUUUGUUUUUCAGUUCCCUUUUGAGCACCAUGGGUUCUUCCAUCUAUGGUGUCUCUUCCUCCCACAUCUCCCUUCUCCUUUUCUUCUCCUUUCUUUCGCUCUCCACGGCUGCAUUGCCUCAAAACCCGUCUGGGAAAUCCUCACCUUCUGGUCAGAUCAACUCCAACUCCGUCCUUGUUGCUCUUCUUGACUCGCAUUAUACUGAGUUAGCUGAACUCGUCGAGAAAGCUUUACUUCUCCAGACGCUUGAAGAAGCGGUUGGCAAGCACAAUAUUACCAUUUUUGCCCCUCGCAAUGAAGCCUUGGAGCGUCAACUCGACCCCGAGUUCAAGCGCUUCUUGCUUGAACCUGGGAACCUCAAGUCCCUCCAAACCCUUCUUAUGUUUCACAUUAUCCCCAAAAGGGUUGGAUCCCAUCAAUGGCCUGAUCCCAAAACCGGUCCUGUCAAGCACAACACCCUUUGUAACGACCAUAUACGCUUAACUUCCCAAUCCACUGGCAAAAAGACUGUUGACUCAGCCGAAUUGGUCCGACCUGACGACGUGAUCCGACCCGACGGAGUCAUCCAUGGGAUCCAGCAGCUUCUCAUUCCCCGCUCUGUCAUAGAAGACUUCAACAGGAGGCGUAAUCUACGGUCAAUCACGGCCGUAUUACCUGAGGGUGCGCCGGAAGUGGAUCCUCGCACCCACAGGUUGAAGAAGCCAGCGCCGGUUCCAGUUGGAGCUCCACCGGUACUCCCAAUCUACGAAGCUAUGGCUCCAGGUCCUUCUCUGGCGCCGGCCCCGGCUCCUGGUCCCGGCGGACCUCGCCAUCACUUCGAUGGUGAAAGCCAAGUCAAGGAUUUCAUCCAAACUCUAUUACAUUACGGCGGGUACAACGAAAUGGCUGAUAUUCUAGUAAACUUGACAUCUUUAGCAACGGAAAUGGGGAGACUUGUUUCAGAAGGAUAUGUUAUAACAGUCUUGGCUCCCAACGACGAAGCCAUGGCGAAGCUUACUACGGAUCAGUUAAGCGAGCCAGGGGCGCCGGAGCAGAUUAUUUAUUAUCAUAUCAUCCCCGAGUACCAGACGGAGGAGAGUAUGUACAAUGCGGUUCGGAGGUUCGGGAAAGUGAAAUAUGACACACUGCGGUUGCCGCAUAAGGUAGUGGCUCAGGAGGCUGAUGGUUCGGUGAAAUUUGGGCAUGGUGAGGGUUCAGCUUAUUUGUUUGACCCGGAUAUUUAUACGGAUGGGAGGAUAUCGGUUCAGGGAAUCGAUGAGGUUUUGUUCCCGGAAGAAGAGACCCAAACUGUUAAGAAACCGGCUGCUGUUAAGGUUGCCUCCAAGCCCAGGAGAGCAGGUAAGUUGUUGGAAGUGGGAUGUUGGAUGCUUGGCAGUCUUGGAGGGGGCUCAGGAUUCCGAUGGUGUCAAUGAAUAUAAAAAGAAAUUGGUAGUGUGGAGGUGAACAAUACUUUUUCCGGGUAAAAACAUGCAUUCUCAUCUCAUCUGCGGUUUUAGGGUUAAGAUUUUGUGUCAUAAUACAGUGGAAGGGAAGGGCCUAGCCUGGUGAAUGCUUUUCAUAUCCUCAAAAAAGCAGACGAGAAAAAAAAAAGUCCCCAGAAGCAAAAGCGAAAAGUUUGGUGUUAUUUUGUCAUAAAUACUGUAAUUACAUACCAUUUUUUUAAUUUUUUUUUGUGUAUGAAUCAUUGCCUCUUAUUAUAUAAUGCAUAAUGAUAAUAAAUAUGAACAACCUUGGAAAAA